GAGCUGUUGGGCUUCGAAUGUUUGGAGGGACUGCAAAGGAAGAGCUGACGAAGAGGGAAGAGGAGAGAAGAGACAGAAAGGGGAAUGAGACUGAGGAAGAGAGAGAAAAGGGGAAGAGCGUGAGAAGGAGGUCAGUCUGUACAUGUGUGACAGGUUCCACUGGUCAACAUGGCUCAGGUGCUGCAUAUGGACCCCAGUUUCUCAGGAACGUCUAACCCUGCCCCCUCCCUGGGCAAGGCUGAUAUGCCGUACUCAGUGGAGACACCUUAUGGCUAUCGCCUGGACCUGGACUUCCUCAAGUACGUCAACGACAUCGAGAAGGGCAACACCAUCAAACGCGUGCCCAUCCAGCGGCGGCCCCGCUACGGCUCGCUGCCCCGCGGAGGCUACGGCUACACGGGCUCCUGGUGGACCUCCACCGAGUCCCUCUGCUCCAACGUCAGCAUGGACAGCCGCCACUCCUCCUACUCCUUCUGCGCGCCGGGCUACCAGGCCUCGCGGACAUCCGGCGCGGGCGGGGCCUUCAGCCUGAGUGCGGCUCGCGUGGAGAAGACCCUGCUGGACGCGCGCAGGCGGCUGGAGGAGGAGAAGGCCGGCCGGAGGCUCUCGGGCCUGGGGAGCGUGCGGAGCAGCGUGGCGGGCUCCACCACCUCCCUCUCGGGCUCCUCCCACACCCAGGGCGGGGGCCAGUACACCCCCGCCAGCUCGGGCCUGUCCACGCCCGUCUCCCCCACCCCCGCCCACCUCCAGCACGUGCGCGAGCAGAUGGCGCUGGCCCUGCGCAAGAUCCGCGAGCUGGAGGAGCAGGUGAAGACCAUCCCCGUGCUCCAGGUCAAGAUCUCCGUGCUGCAGGAGGAGAAGAGGCAGCUCAGCGUCCAGCUCAAGAGCCAGAAGUUCCUGGGUCACACCCUGGGCUUCGGGAGGAGCCGCGCCCAGGGCGAGCUCUACAUACACAUCCCCGAGGAAGAGGCUCCGCCGCCCGUCGCCCCCGACGCCUCCAGGCAGGCCUCGGCCGACGACGCGCUGCUGGCGGGCAGGGCGCGGCCCGGGAGGAGGGAGGUGCGCUCGGUGGGCGUGGGGACAGAGGAGCGGCCGGAGCAGGGCUCCCUGGCCCUGAGGAGCAGGGUGGGGCAGCUGGAGGAGCAGCUGAGGAGGACCCAGCAGGAGCUGCAGGAGGCGCAGAGGGAGCGGGCGAGUCGCCCCCCCCCGCAGGCCGACUACGCGCUCAGAGCCACCAGCCUGGGUUGGCCUGGCGGGGGCGUGGCCGCCACGGCGGGGCUGCAGACCGUGGUCAGCGUUACCCAGCAGCCUCGGCGGCGGGAGCAGAGGACUGUGGGAAUCCAGGUGUACACCCUGGAGCAGCCCACACUGGUGCGUGCGGAGAGGUGGUCGGGCGCACAGACAAGCCGCACCCCCCCAACGCAGGCAGGCCACACCCCUUCAGUGCAAACAGAGCACACCCCUCCUGCUCAGACAGGUCACACAGUGCCCAUACCAAAAGAACAUGCCCCACCCGUUGAGUCAGAACAAGCCCCACCCAUGAAGACAGGCCCCACUCCACUCAUAGAAACAGUCCCAACCCUACCCAUAAUGACAAGCCCCACCCCACCUACAGAGAAAAGCACCACCCCUCCUAUAGAAACAGCCCCCACCCUGCCCAUAGUGACAAGCUCGACUCCACCCAUAGACACAAGCCCCACUCAACCUAUAGAAAUAGUCCCCAUCCUGCCCUUAGUGGCAAGCCCCAACCCACCCACAGAAUCAGUCUCCAGCCCACCCAUAGAGACAAGCACGAUCCCUCCCAGAGAGACAGGCCCCACCCCAUCCAUAGAAACAGGCCCUACCCCACCCAUAGAAACAGCGCCCCUCCCACCCAUUGACACAGAACAUGUCUUAUCUGUAGAGACAGGUUCCACCCCAACCAUAGACAUAGGGAAUACCCCACCCAAAGAGCCAGACCACACCCUUUCCACACAACCAGACCAUGUCUCUGUCAUUGAGACGGAGCAUGCCCUGCCUGUAGAGACAGGUCUCACCAAACUCACUAAGACGGACCAUAUUACAUCCAUUGAAACAUGCUAUGUCCUUCACAUAGUGGGAGAACCUGCCCCACCCACAGUGAUAGGCCUCACCCCUCUCACAGAAACAGAUCACACCCCUUCCAUAGAGACAGUCCAAUCCUCUUCCAUAGAGACAGUCCAAUCCUCUUCCGUAGAGACAGUCCAAUCCACUUCCGUAGAGACAGUCCAAUCCUCUUCCAUAGAGACAGUCCAAUCCUCUUCCAUAGAGACAGUCCAAUCCUCUCCCAUAGAGACAGUCCAAUCCUCUCUCAUAGAGACAGUCCAAGCCUCUCUCAUAGAGACAGACCAAGCCUCUCCCAUAGAGACAGUCCAAGCCCCUCCCAUAGAGACAGUCCAAUCCUCUCCCAUAGAGACAGUCCAAGCCUCUCCCAUAGAGACAGUCCAAGCCCCUGCCAUAGAGACAGUGCAAGCCCCUCCCAUAGAGACAGUGCAAGCCCCUCCCAUAGAGACAGUCCAAGCCCCUCCCAUGGAGACAGUCCAAUCCUCUCCCAUAGAGACAGUCCUAGCCCCUCCCAUAGAGAGAGAACCCAUCCCACCUACAGAAACCACCUUCCCAGUCCAUCCACACAGCUUGGAAUGUAUGGGGCAUGAAACCCAUCACAGAGAAGACACACCUCCUCAGCUUCCAAUAGCUGUCUGCUCCAAGGAAAUUCGAGAGGUCCUUCUGAAGAGUGAGGUGUCCACAUCGAUGCCGGUCUCCCGUGCUACCAUAGCGGUGGAAACUAUCUGUAAUCAAAUGAUUCCGCUCUCUGAGAGGUUAAAGGAAGGAGAGGGAGCACUCCAACAGACAGACAUAGAAGCUGAUCAAUCGCAAGAAGAGGCAUCAAAGUCAGCCUCCACCCAGGCUGCGCCCAGAUCCAUCAUGAAGAAGAAGUCCGCCUCUCCCUCCACCAAGAAGAACCUGCAGUUCAUCGGGGUCAAUGGGGGAUAUGAGUCUACUUCCUCAGAGGACAGCAGCAGUGAGAGUUCUGAGGAGGAGAGUGAUGCCAGUGAAUACCAUGAGGCCACUGAGGGAAUCCCAAGACCUUCAGCUCAGCACCCACAUGAGGGCUCCUCUGCCCCCCCUGCUUCUGUCCCUCCUACAGAGAGAACCACAGAAACAUGCACCUCUGCCCAAUCACCGUCUAUAGACUCAGCCUCUCAGCAAGGCACCAGCCAAUCACCUUCCACAGAAUCAGCCCCCCAGCAAGGCACCGGCCAAUCACCAUCUAUAGACUCAGCCUCUCAGCAAGGCGGCAGCCAGUCAUCAUGCCUAGAACCUGUCCAUCAGCAAGAAUGUAGCCAAUCACCAUCUGCCGAGCCCGCCCCCGAGCAAGGCACCAGCCAAUUACCAUCCAUAGAAGCAACCCCCCAGCAAAGCAGCAGCCAAUCACCAUCCACAGCCCCCCAGCCAAGUACUACCAAAUUAUUGUCCAUAGAUUCUACCCUCCAAGAGCAUUCCAUCCAAUCAUCCACCAAAGACGCUGCCUCAGAACUGACUGCUACCCAGUCACCAGUCACAGAUCCUGCCUCUCAGCUGAGCACUGCCCAAUCACAUGCUAUAGACCAUGUCUCUCAAUCAUGCGUGACCCAAUCACUUUCCAUAGACCCUGCUUCUCAACCAUGCGUGACCCAAUCACCAGCUAGCGACUCUGUCACCCAAUCAAGUACAACCCAAUCACUAGGUGCAGAGUCUGCCCCUCAACCAACCACAGAUCCUACCUCUCAACCAAGCCCUGCCCAGGAACCACCCACGGAACCUGCCUGUCAAUCAAGCACUGCCCAGCCGUCCACAGUCCCCGCUGCCCAACAGGCAACCCAAGAAGAGGGACUGGGAGGCCCCAGCUCCGCCCAUUCUGUUUCUCAGGAAACCAGACUGGAGUUGAGCGGUAGCUUAACGGUCGCUCUUGCAGUCCUCCAGAAAGCCCUGAGUGAACCCAACGGCUUCGGCCAGCCGGAGGCGAGGGCAGCCUACACCACAGUUCUUCAGGAGUGGUUGCGCGUGUCCUGUCACAAGACUGCAGACACGGGCGUGGUCAAGGCCUACAUGGACGCCUUCGCCUCCGUCUCCCCGCAGCUGCUGGAGUUUAUAGUCAACAUGGCGGACGGGAACGGCAACACGGCCCUGCACUACACCGUGUCUCACUCCAACUUCCCCGUGGUCAAACUACUGCUGGACACAGGUGUCUGCAACACAGACAAGCAGAAUAAGGCGGGGUACACGGCCAUCAUGCUGACUGCGCUGGCUGCGUUCCACUCGGACAGUGACCUGCACACCGUGGUGCAGCUGCUACGUACCGGGGACGUCAACGCCAAGGCCAGCCAGGCGGGACAGACUGCUCUGAUGCUGGCGGUGAGCCACGGGCGAGCGGACAUGGUGAGGGCGCUGAUUUCCUGCGGGGCGAAAGUCAACAUUCAGGACGACGACGGCUCCACCGCGCUCAUGUGUGCCUGUGAACACGGACACGUGGACAUCGUCCGCCAACUCCUGUCCGUCCCCGGCUGUGACGCCACGCUAGCAGAUAAUGAUGGCAGUACAGCCCUGUCCAUCGCCCUCGAGGCCUCUCAAAAUGACAUUGCAGUGCUCCUCUACGCCCACCUCAACUUUGCCAAGCCACCCUCUCCUGUAUCUCCAAAGAGUCCUCAGCUGAGUUCCCCCAGUGAAGCAAAGUAACAAACAAGAACCAAACCUUGCAGCUUGUUUUACAAAGUAUGUGUGUUUGUGUGUGCGUGUACGUGUGUGUGUGUGUGUGUGUGUGUGUGUGCAUUGCAUUCAUGUGUGCAUGUGUGAAUACAUUUGUGUGUUAGUAUGAAUUUCCAUGUUGCUGCAUGUGUUCUCUUUUGUACAAUCGGUAGUUGUCUGUCGGUGUAUGGUGUUUCAGUUCGGAUCCAAAGGAGAAUAGGUAGCUGGGGGAAAAAAGCAUUUUAAAGUUUGGUGUGACAAAUUGUGGCACUAUUAAAAAACUUUUUUUCUCUCUUUUUUUUUUUUUUUAACAAACACACUUUCCCUACCCACAACCCCGAAAAAUUGAUUGAGGAACACUUUUUUAGAUUUACACCAUUAAGAUAGUUUGCUGUAUGCAUAGUUUCAGUCUCAGUCUCCUUUUAUAAAAAUGGGUAGAUGUUUGCUGUGACAGUAGAUGAGGGUGUACACACAUUGAGUUCACUUUGCGUUAACUGAGAAAUUGAUUCUGAAGUGUCUUUCAGGGUAAAUUCUGUUACUGUUCUUGGCAGGAGAGAUCACUUCUCUGUUAGGGCAGUCGGAGAAAUAUAUUCUUUGAGAAGAGGUGUUACUGUAGCUCACUUCUGCUGUCUUGUGAUCCCAAUCCUGAUUGCAAUCACAUCUUCUAUAAGAGGUUAUAGUCAAACUUAUAUACACUAAAUAUUACUUCAUUUAAUUUUACUACUUUAACACAUUACACUAUUCAUUUAUAAUUAUGAACAUUCUUUAUGGAAAACAGUACCUGUCCAAAAUAAAUAUAUGUGACUAAUGCGAGUAGACUUGACAGGGCUUAUAAAUGUGCUUUCCCUUAAUCAGAAGGUGUUUUGCUAUGUAAGUGGUAAUUUCAGCUGCUGUGGUUUUGUUCAGAGAGAUGUCAUGCUAUGUGCCUGAUAUUUCUAUUUUGAGAAGAAUCAUUCAGAGGACCCGUAAACAUGUCUAUAUUGGGCUGGAAACAAACAUGCUCUCUAAAUGCUCCUAUUAAGAGAAUCAUCUGCUCUCUAUCAGAAAGCUGCUGCCACUGAGGCCAGCGGUAUUAUGGUGCACAUGAGAUGGAAUUUGUGAUAAACGCACUGAAGGAACAGAACCUCUAACCCACCACACUAUAAAUCUCCACUUUUCCAUCAGCCAAAAUUUAUUACAGUAGGCAAUUGGAUAUGAAGAUAUGGUUGAAAGCUUGAAGUUACAGCAUCACACUAUGCAAUCAAAUAUUUUAUUGGCUAAUACUAUUGUCUAAAAUAAGGAUAAUCCCUGGUUUGGUUUUUAUGAUUUUUACUAGUUUUCAUUUUGUCCCUUACUAUUUACUAUUCAGGUCAACUUUGAGAGGAACUUUCUUUUGGUGAACUUUUGGUAAAGAUUGAUGUGACAAAUUGUGGCGCUAUUUAAAAACUUCCUUUUUUUCCCACAAACACAGUAUCUGCUCAAGACACUUUCCCCACCCCCCACCCCCAACCCCCAAGACUUUAGUUGCACUACAUUUAGAAUAGACCAUCAUGACUAACAAAGGCUGGGAAAUGCACAUUUUAAAUAGCUUUAAGAAUAUACAGUAAGAUUCUUUUUGAACAGAUCAUUCAGUCUAUUUAGGGUCUCAGGAGUGUCUAGCACCCCAAAGCUGUUUUUUUUUUCGGUUAUGAGUCACGUUAAGCUGUCCAAAGCACUAAAAACUCCCUGUGUGAAAACAAUUUGUACAAAUAGCUUACAAUAAUUUCCAUCUUUUCGUUCUUAUUCUGCAAUAACUUGCAUACUCCACAUUAUUAAUGUUUCUAGUUAAUCAGAUCAACCUUUGCAUUCAAUAAUUCAUAUUUGUGGUGCAUUAAGAAGGCACUUAUGCAUUAGAUAAUUGAAAUGAAGGGUAUUCUGACCUGAAGGUAGUCACUGUAUAGUUGGUGUAGAAAGUGUUCCGUGGGUGGUUUGGUGUUUGGUAUGUUAAGAAGUUGGAGAGGGAGAGGUUGAGGAUUAUGGGGAAUAUUAAUUAAUAGUUCAGUGCUAUAAAUGCAUACCAAAAUAAAUAUGCUAUAUUUCUGAAGGUACAUGUUGACAAAAAAAAUGAAUAAUAUGAAAUGUUGAAUUCAAGCGUAAAAAGCAAUACAGUAUAUUUUCAAACAAAAAAGAAAUCUGAAGAAAAAAUAGUUUAAACAAACUUUUCCUAUCAACAGUUGUAAUAUCUUAUAUAUUUUAUAACCUUUUGUAUUUGUUUUGACUAUAUAUCUUUAUAUUUGUAAAAUCUGUACACAAACCAUAUCUAUUGGCUCAUUUGCCUGUUUGAAUUAUAUUUAGCAGGCCACAAAGUAUUCACUUUGUUUCUCUGUCAUUUUGAAUAAAUAAAUUCAAGGAAAAACAAACAA